GCCCAUCCCGGCCCGGGAGCGGAUCGCGUUGCCCAAUGGAGCGACAUCCCGCCUUCCAGGGGCAGGCCCAGGCUCCGAGGACACGUCCGAGGCCCCGGGGCGGCGGAUGAGUCUUGUGCUAGUAGCCAGGCUGGAGCGAUUAAUUGUAAAAGCCUUUAACUCAUUGGUCCUUGGAACCGAGCUGCCCUACUUGGAAGUGAGUGUGGAAUUGAGGAUAUAAGUGCACUUGAGUCAGGGAAAAAAACUCCAUAACCCACCACCUUUUCUCUGUGCCUCUCUGCUCCCACUGUCCUGUGUGUGCCAUCAUUGACAACUCUGCAGUAAAGAUGUCCAGCCACCAUGCAAACCAUAUGAUGAACAGCUCCAUGGCAUCCACCUCUGAGCAUUAUCAUCCAACCUCGGAACACCAUCACCCUACAACAUCACAGGGGCACAAUCAUGGAGAAGGGAUGAUGAUGAUGGACAUGACUUUCCACUUCAGCUACAAGAACGUGCCACUGCUUUUUUAUGGACUGAUGAUCAAUACACCUGGAGAAAUGGCUGGUGCUUUUGUUGCAGUCUUCUUCCUAGCCAUGUUUUAUGAGGGCCUCAAAAUAGCCCGGGAGAGUCUGCUCCGUAAAUCACAGGUCAGCAUUCGCUACAACUCCAUGCCUGUCCCGGGACCAAAUGGCACCACUUUGAUGGAGACGCACAAAACAGUUGGACAACAGAUGCUGAGCUUCCCUCAUCUCCUGCAGACAGUGCUGCACAUCAUACAAGUGGUGGUCAGUUACUUCCUCAUGCUGAUCUUCAUGACCUACAAUGCAUACCUCUGCAUAGCUGUGGCAGCAGGCGCAGGCACUGGCUACUUCCUCUUCAGCUGGAAAAAGGCAGUUGUUGUGGAUAUCACGGAGCACUGCCAUUAAUGCUGGACACAGAGCGAGAGCCUCUCUCUGCCCCUUCGCUCGCUCUAACUGCAGUCACCGAGAGGAUGAGGAUCAUUCCCCAGCUGUCUGAGAAGCAACAUACACCAUGAAAAUCAGUGUGUGUUUUACCACCAAUGUCCUAGUCAGGACAAUGCCUGGGCAGCUCACAGGGAUUCCUGGUGUUGAGGAUUUCCCACCAAGCAGCCUGGCGCCCACACUAGAUGGACCAGCUCUUGAGGUCACACCAGAGCCACCCUUGACCACAAUUUAUGUUAUAUUUGUAGAUUUUUCCCUGAUUGAAAUUACAUAGCAAGUAGAUAUUUUCAAGAUUAUUGAACUGUCCUUUUAAAUCAUUUUAUUUUUAAAGAAUAAAUGCUCAGAUCUGGGGGGUUUAUGCAUGGUCGAUAAAGGAGCCAGUAUGUGACAAUGGCUAUUUUAAUUUU